UCUUCCCACUCACAACAACCCGGCCCACCGAAAACACUUGAACGGCUGACCAAGGACCACGAAACUUGAGGGAAAGCCAAGCCCCAGAAGACUGAGGGAGCACUAGAGAGCGAAUACCACAGGCCUGUGAGCUACCAGCCGUCUUGCGGAGGUUUCCCAUUUUUGCGAACUCGCACACCCGGUGAGAACAAGACCCCCCGACGAUGAAUCACGGCAACGCUUCCUCCGCACUCAAGACCGCUAUACGCGGCGCCUACGCUGCGCGAGGCACCAGCCGGGCCGCCGUCCAAGGAAGGGCCGUCGCGAACGCCCAGCAGAGGACGUUCAUCACACCCGCCUACAACCUCGCCAAGAAGAUCACUCCCAAGAUCUCCGCCACCGAGGCCGCCGCUUUGGAGGCCGGCACGAUCGGCUUCGAUCGCGACAUCUUCGACGGCACGGCCAGUCUGCAGUCCCUCAAGGACAAAUACACCAUCGCCAAGUUGACCGACCGGGAGCAGUCCUUCAUCGACAAUGAGGUCGAGACCCUGUGCGAGAUGCUUGAUGAUUACCAGAUCUCCAAGGACAGAGACUUGCCCAAGGAAGCGUGGGACUACAUGCGCGAGAAGGGCUUCCUGGGCAUGGUCAUCCCGCAGGAGUACGGUGGCCUGGGAUUCUCGGCUCACGGCCAUUCCCAGGUUGUUCAGAAGAUCAGCUGUGCCAGCGGCAGCGCCGCCGUUAGCGUGAUGGUACCCAACUCCCUGGGCCCCGGCGAACUCCUCCUGAGGUACGGCACCCAGGCCCAGAAGGACAACUACCUGCCCCGCCUUGGGCGCGGAGAGCUGAUCCCCUGCUUCGGACUCACCGGCCCCUCCUCGGGCUCGGACGCCGCCUCCAUGCGCGACGUGGGCUACGUGACGGAGGAGAAGGGGGUGAUGGGCGUCAGGGCCACCUUCAAGAAGCGCUACAUCACGCUCGCGCCCGUGGCCGGCAUCGUCGGGCUGGCUUUCAACCUCAAGGACCCGAACAACCUGCUCAAGGGCAACGGUAACGAGGGCAUCACGGUCUGCCUGCUCGAGAGGGGGCAUCCGGGCCUGCGUUUGGGCGACCGGCACGACCCUUCCGCCAGCAGCUUCAUGAACGGUACGGUGGAGGGGGAAGAGGUCUUCAUCCCCCUGGACCAGAUCAUCGGGGGCCGCGAGAAGGCCGGUUUCGGGUGGAACAUGCUCAUGGACUGCCUCGCCGAGGGCCGUGGCAUCUCCCUGCCAGCCAUGUCCGUGGCGGCGUCGAAGAUGACCGCAUCCGUCGUGGGGGCCUACGCGCGCAUCCGCAAGCAGUUCAAGGUUCCCCUGGCUGAGCUCGAGGGGGUCCAGGAGCACCUGGCGUCCGUGGGCAGCAACACCCUGCUGGUCACUUCGGGACAGGCCCUCAUGAACUCCAUGCUCAACGGGCACGAGCAGCCCGCGGUGCUCUCUGCCGUCAUGAAGCAGCAGAUGACCAUGCGCAUGCGCCAGAACAUCAACGACGGCAUGGACGUCUUGGGCGGGGCCGGUAUCUGCAACGGGCCUGCCAACUUCAUGGGAAACCCUUACAUGGCCAUCCCUAUCGCCAUCACCGUCGAGGGCGCCAACACCCUUACGCGCAGCCUCAUCAUCUUCGGGCAGGGCCUCACACGCUCGCACCCCCACCUGCUCGAUAUCAUCCGCUCCAUCCAGCACGGAGACGACCAGAAGGGCUUUAACAAGGCCCUGGGGCAGAUCGUCGGGCACGGCGUGGCCAACUCGACCAGGUCCUUCGCUCGCGCGCUGACGCGCAGCCGGUCCCGCGGCUCCGACCCGGCGGCUUACUACGCCUCUCAGCUCGACCGCCUGACGGCCGCGUUCGCCUACUGCUCGGACAUCGCGCUCACCAUGGGCGGCAAGAUCAAGUUCGCGGAGAUGCUCUCCGGCCGAUACGCCGACGUGCUGAGUGGGCUGUUCCUGGGGUACUCGACCCUGUGGUACACCUCGCACCACAAGAACGUCAAGGGGCUGGACAAGGUCACUGACUUCGCCAUGCAGCGCACCCUGGCCGACAUCGAGGACGCCUUCUACGGCAUCUUCGCAAACUUCCCAAGCAAGACGCUUUCUCUCGCCAUGCGCGGAGUGGCCUUCCCCACCGGCCGCUGCUACCCACAGCCCUCGGACACCCUCGCCCAGGAGGUGUCCCAGCUCAUCUCCACCGACACCCAGGUGCGCGAGCUGUUCAAGGAGAACGUGUUCCUCAGCAAGGACCCCAUGAGCCGGAUGACGCUCAUCGACGCCACCCUGCCCAAGGCGGUCCAGGCUGACGGCGUCCUGCGCACCCUGAGGCGCGAGAAGCGCGAGGCCACCGCCGACGAGCAGGCGCUGAUCGACGAGGUUGAGGCGGCCCGCGAGAUCAUCAUCCAGGUCGACAGCUUCCCCGGCCUGGGCAAGGAGAUGCAGGACGGCCGCGACUUCAGCCCGGAGAACCGCCCGGCCCUCGACGACAUCUACGGCGUCAAGACCGGCGCUGCCAAGAGCGCGGUGGCAUGAUGUCACACCGCAUCGUGGCAAGUGGCGUGCUUUGAUGCCUCGGAGCGUUGCUCGAUAGGAUUCAUCAGAGAUCGGGCAGUUUGGUGCUGGAGUGGAAUUGCCGGGGUCUGUCGUUCUGUCUUUGCCCUUGUUGCGUCGGCGACGGCUUGGUGUGUGCCAAGGUGGCCACCGCGGCAGGAUUGCCCGGAGAAGGCAAAAAUAAACAAGAAUUGUGCUGUUUGCCCUUAUGCCGCGGCCGUUGUAUCGAGAAAGUAUGGCUGGACAGAUGACGUGGUUGACGGUAUUUCUUGCAAGAUAGGGGUCUAGGGAGGGGGCGCAGAAUAUUAGAAGAAACGUCAUGCCUGUCUUUCGGUGGCGGACCCUCGGUCCACAGUCGUUUCUUCAUGAGCUCGAAUGUAAAAUUUGCAUGAUUUCGAGGCCAAUGUUCGAUAAUACGUACUGGUGCAGUCCCAACGGUAGAGGUGAGAUGAUCCGCUGGUGUUUUUUGUUGUAACGUGGCAUGACUCCCCCAGGCGAUCCAGGAGCGAAGGAGGCAUAGACGUUGGACAAUGGGGCACAAACCGAUUGCGUUUGUCUAGGGGUCGGGGAGAGGGAUGCGGGCGAAGAGCAGCCGCAAACGAACAGUAUAUCAUGCUGGAUAUUUUUCGGGGUCCCUCUCUCUACGCAAGCGCAUGUAGUACCCGGUUUUCUGAUAUUUUUUGAGUGUCAUGUACGCAUAAUAACCCUUGGACGACCAGACGGGAGCAACGCAUGUGCCCUUGCUUCAUGAAAAAUAGAACGAAAAGGGGUACUAUACAUGUGUGAUGGUAUGUUGCUUGGGAAAAAUAUCAGUGGUAGAUUUGUUGUCUACGUGUUUUUAGAUUAAUACAAUGGCGGCCGAGAGAGACCGUCAACAAUUUUGAUACUCGUACUUUUCUUUCUGCCUCUUGUGUUCUGGUUGCUAGUGGCGUAGCUUUUUCGUAGGCAAUAGGUGCAAGCAGCCUCCAAGACAAUCCGGUGAAUUAGGAAUCACACAGGUCAGCGGCGGACGAGGAAGCCCCCCCCCGAAAGAGAAUAUUGAGAGUGUGGGUGCUGGUGUGGCGUUUUCUUCGUCUUGUUCAUGGAACCAUAAAGAGUUGUGCAACAGGGAAAAAUACGGCGAAGAAAACGGUGUGUUGUCAGGAGAUGGCGCGAAGCAGUCGACACCGGCCGAAGAAUUGUGUGUUUCUUGUGGUGUUGUUGUGCCAGAGGGGGGUAACGGGUUGGGGGUGGGGGGCAGGAGGCACAUGAAGCUCUACCCACCCCGCCAUUUGGAUGGUCGUUUCUCCAUUUUGCGAUCGAUUUUGCUACAGCGCGGAAAUGUGCCUCCGCCAGUGGAUUCGGAUGAUGCCUAGGACAGCGAGUGGCAGCGUUUCGCCGUCGCUGUGCUGGUGGAGCGUGGAGGUAGGGUUUGGUAGUGUGUUCGCGGAAACGGAUAGACGCCCAUGAUGAUGGUCCGGGCAAACCUGGAAAGCUGGCUCAUGACAACUUAACGGUUUUAACGAAGGGUGGUGAACGGUUUUGCACUUGGCGCACUCUCUCUCCUUCUCGGCAUCGUGUGAACGAAACCUAUUUU